CACACUCGUCCCCUUCCUUAUCCAGAAAAACACUCAACAAAAUAUCCAUGAUUCCAAAGCAUUCAAAUCCCGAACCUUUCUCCAGUUUCUCUUUAUUACGCCAAAUGUCAAUCAUCUAACACCUCUGGAUUUUGGUUCGGUAUUCCAUUUCCCAUACACUUGUUUUCUGAUCCUUCUUCUUCUUCACAACUAAAUUCCAUUUUCCUAAAAUAAAAAAUCCUUCAUAGUAGUUCUUCGAUUCAUCUUAUGGGUUGAUUGAUUCUAAAAACUUCUCUGUCUUUUAAUCAUCUUCAUCUAGUUUUAUUUUUAUUUUGAUGAUCUGUUUCCUCCGAUAAAAAGACCUCCAAAAACAGUUCAGUGAGUAAGAAUUAAGUGAGUUCGGUGAUCGGAUUAUUUGUCACUGUAGUUCGGUGAUCGGAAGAAGAAAAGGAGAUGGGUGGAGCUUGUUCGAGGAAGAGUGGUGGUGGUGGAAGUAGUUCAAGUAGUGAAGAUGGUAUACAAAGAGGAAGGUAUUGUAAGAGUGGAAGCUCUAAAUGGCUGCGGACAUCAUCAUUUUCACGGCUUAGUCUUGAUAAUAAUCAGCAGGGGAAUAUCAAUUCACCAUCUUUGUUGGAAUUAUGUAUUCAGAAUAUAUGUCAGGAUAUUGAUAUGUAUGUUGAAAAGUAUGGUACCUUUGAUAAGCUCCCUAGGGAUAUAAGUCAGCAAUUAUUCGAUGAAUUAGUCGUUUCGUGUAAAUUGAAUGAUGUUAUUCUUGAAGCUUUUCGAGAUUGUGCUAUUGAGGAAAUCUGCUUGGCGGAUUGCCCAGGAGUGGAGGAUAGUUGGAUGGAUAUCAUUUCAUCUCAAGGAGCAGCUUUGUUAUCUGUUGAUCUUUCGGGUUCUGAUGUCACAGAUUCUGGGUUGAAUACACUUAGAAAUUGCAGAAACCUUAGACAAUUAGCUUUCAAUUGUUGUGACCAAAUAUCAGAAAAUGGAAUACAGCAUAUUAUGGGCCUAUCAAACUUGACAUCUUUGAGUUUUAAAAGGAGCAACGCCAUCACAGCUCAAGGAUUGAGCGCUUUUACUGGUUUAGUGAAUUUGAUAAAGCUGGAUUUGGAGAGAUGUUCAGGGAUUCAUGGCGGACUUGUUCAUCUUAAAGGUCUGACGAAGCUUGAAUCUCUUAAAAUUAGGUGUUGCAAUAGCAUAACAGAUGAAGAUAUGCAACCUCUUUCAGGAAGUGGAAUGUUGUUUCUGUUGCACAAUUACGUUCUUACAGCCUUGGUAUCUUCUAAUUUCAUUAACUUUUCAGCGCUUACGAACCUGAAGGAAUUGCAGCUUUCCUGCAACAAGGUCACAGAUGCAGGUGUUGAUUAUUUGAAAGGUUUGCAUAAACUACUGCUACUGAAUGUUGAGGGAUGCCCAGUUACCGGGGCAUGCUUGGGGGCCAUUUCAGAUCUUUUGGCUCUAUCUUAUCUGAAUCUCAACAGAUGUUCAUUUUCUGACAAUGGGUGCGAGAAGUUUGCUGGGCUUCUUAACUUAAAGGUGUUGAACUUGGGAUUUAACAACAUCACAGAUACCAGUUUGGUGAGCCUUAAAGGUUUAACAAAGUUGGAGAGUUUGAAUUUGGAUUCGUGUAGGAUCGGUGAUGAAGGCCUGCGGAACUUGACAGGUCUACUGAAUUUAAAGAAUUUGGAAUUAUCCGAUACAGCAGUUGGAAGCACUGGGCUAAAACAUAUUUCUGGGUUGGCUAGACUGGAGAAUUUGAACCUAUCAUUCACUGUUGUUAGUGAUGGUAGCUUAAGAAAGCUAUCUGGAUUGACAUCUCUAAAGUCACUUAAUCUGGAUUCUCGCCAAAUUACAGAUGCUGGCCUUGAAGGUCUUACUGGUUUAACUGGGUUGACUCAUCUAGAUCUGUUUGGUGCUCGCAUUACUGACAGAGGCACAAACUGGUUGCGAUACUUCAAGAGCCUCCGAUCUCUAGAGAUAUGUGGUGGAGGAAUCACAGAUGCUGGAGUUAAAAACAUUAAAGAGCUUGUUACCUUAACACUAUUAAAUUUAUCGCAAAAUGCCAAUUUAACAGACAAAGCUUUGGAAAUGAUUUCCGGUUUGACUGCAUUGGUUUCGUUAAAUGUUUCAAAUUCACGUAUAACAAAUGCGGGAUUGCACCAUUUAAAGUCGUUGAAGAAUUUAAGAUCUCUCUCCUUGGAAUCAUGUAAAGUUUCAGCAAGUGAAAUUAGGAAGUUACAAUCCACUGAACUCCCAAAUCUGGUGAACUUUCGACCCGAGUGAAGUCCACUUCUGAUAGCAGCACUGAGCAUUCUCAAAGUUCUAAGGGUAUGUUAAAGAAGUCUGAAGAUACAAUGUUCAACAAUAUUCAGUGUAAAUUUUCUCAUUGCUUAAAGUUUAUUUUGCUUAAUUGAGAUGCACUUUUCUCUUGGCAAUCUGCUUGAACAUAAAUUUUUCUUGCCUCAUCCUUUUUUGUUUUCCUUAAACUUUUUAUUUUGCUUUGUACAUAUUUGUGGAUUACCUCACUGGUUUGCUAGUGUUGUUACUCUACUCUGCCUUUUGUAUAUAUAUCCUUCUUUGUAAUACAAUCUCCCUAAUUAAACUAAAUAAAUAAAUAAGAAUGAAGUUCCCUCAUUA